UCAGCUGUUGGAUGUAAACAUUGUUUGUUUGACAGCUCUGUACUACGAGACAUCGGCUCUAAGUUUACUGAAACUAUGACAGAAACUGCUCCUGCUCCCGCGGCUGCUCCGGCCAAAGCCCCAAAGAAGAAGGCAGCAAAGGCGAAAAAGCCUGGAGCAAGCGUGUCAGACCUUAUCGUGAAGGCGGUUGCCGCUUCCAACGAGCGCAAAGGAGUUUCCCUGGCGGCUCUAAAGAAGGCUUUGGCAGGUGGUGGAUAUGACGUUGAGAAAAACAACUCUCGCGUCAAGAUCGCUUUGAAAUCUUUGGUGAAAAAGGGGGCGCUUGUUCAAACUAAAGGCACCGGGGCAUCCGGAUCUUUCAAGGUGAGCAAGAAACCAGCCGCCAAGAAAACCGUCAAGAAAGUUGUGGCGAAACCGAAGAAGCCAGCCGCGAAGAAGGCGCCGGCCAAGGCAGCUAAGCCCAAGAAGGCAGCAGUAAAGAAACCUGCCCCAAAGAAGUCUCCCAAGAAAGUGAAGAAACCGGCAGCGGCCAAGAAAGCCACCAAAAGCCCGAAGAAAGUGAAGAAACCGGCAGUGAAGAAAGUUGCAAAGAGUCCUAAAAAGGUCAAAGCAGUGAAGCCUAAAGCCGCAAAGCCCAAGGCUGCCAAGGGGAAGAAGACAUCCGCCGGGAAGAAGACAUCCGCCAAGAAGAAGUAGACUGACAGACUUCACUCCAAAGGCUCUUGUAAGAGCCACCCCAUCUUCACAGAAGUGCAAAUGUUCCUGAUGUGUAAGAAGGCUACUGCCUUUUUAAAAGACUGAGAAAAGAUUUACUUUUUUUUUUAGAUUGGAUGUGACACUGUUUUGAGUAACUUAGUCUUGUUUUAGAGUCUUAUUUGCUUCUAAAAAAAUAUCACCAGCGCGAUCGAGCAUCAAGAUGCUGUGGAAGACUUUUAUCAAGAUCGGUUUACUUUGUAUAAGAUAAAAACACAUGACAGUUUCUACCUCUGUAGGCUACCUGAUACACAAAGCCGAUUACUUGGUGUAGAUUUUCAACCCUUCAGAGAUUAUACAGAAGAGUCCGCUGGUUGGAAAGUGUCCAAAAUGUGCAUACAGUAACAUAUAACGUUAUAAAUAACGUUAGUUUGUUCAAAGUUCAUCGUGUGCGAGCGUGAGUGCACGUGACUAAAAAGAUGAUGAGUGUGUUUUAUCACUACGAUUCGUUAUAUUUAUAUUUUUUACUGGAUUAUACGAGACUUUCCUGUAAAUACAGCAAUACAGAACAAACACUUAAUUUAUUCAUAGUUAAGCGAUGGUUAACUGCAUUCCAUCAGUGAAAGGACUUGUUUGUGUUUUUUUUUUUGUAUACUGUUGUUCUUAACAUUUAUCCAUACAUAAACUUAUAUUUUGUUCAACGUUUAUUAUAAAACUCCUAAUAAAAAAAAAUGAUAUCAGAA